UGUAGCUAGGACUGGCGGGCAACCGUCGAGUUUUGCAGUUGUCCUCCGGCGCGCGCUCUGCGUGUGGAAUUAGGCUCACAGCCUGGAGACGACGGAAGCCUAAGGAAAGGGACUGCCGAGCCCGAAGGCCAAUCCCUGAUUGAACGCGGCUUCAGUCCUCCCGGGCACGCGGCUCUUGCGGCCCCGCCUCCCAGCCUGCUUUGUUGCUAGGCAACCGCGGGCUACCUGGCGCUCGGAGUUGCAAGGACCUAGGGUCUGUGAGUGCGGAUGGACCAGUACUGCAUCCUGGGCCGCAUAGGGGAGGGCGCCCACGGCAUCGUCUUCAAGGCUAAGCAUGUGGAGACUGGUGAGAUCGUUGCCCUCAAGAAGGUGGCUCUGCGGCGAUUGGAGGACGGCAUCCCCAACCAGGCCCUUCGGGAAAUCAAGGCUCUGCAGGAAAUUGAGGACAGUCAGUAUGUGGUGCAGCUGAAGGCUGUGUUCCCACAUGGCAUGGGUUUUGUGCUGGCCUUCGAGUUCAUGCUGUCGGACCUGGCUGAGGUGGUGCGCCAUGCCCAGAGACCGCUGGCUCCAGCACAAGUCAAGAGCUACCUGCAGAUGCUGCUCAAGGGCGUGGCCUUCUGCCAUGCCAACAACAUCGUGCAUCGGGACCUAAAGCCUGCCAACCUGCUCAUUAGUGCAUCAGGCCAGCUCAAAAUUGCUGACUUCGGCCUAGCCCGGAUCUUUUCUCCAGAUGGCAACCGCCUCUAUACACACCAGGUGGCCACCAGGUGGUACCGAGCCCCAGAGCUACUCUAUGGUGCCCGCCAGUAUGACCAAGGUGUGGACCUAUGGGCUGUGGGCUGCAUCAUGGGGGAGCUGUUGAAUGGAUCCCCACUUUUCCCUGGUGAGAACGACAUUGAACAGCUUUGCUGUGUGCUGCGUAUCUUAGGCACCCCCAGCCCUCAAAUCUGGCCGGAGAUCACAGAGCUGCCAGAUUACAACAAGAUCUCCUUCAAGGAGCAGGCACCAGUGCCCCUGGAGGAAGUGCUACCUGAUGCCUCUUCGCAGGCUUUGGAUCUGCUGGGUCGUUUCCUCCUCUACCCUCCUGGCCAACGCAUCGCAGCAUCCCAGGCCCUCUUGCAUCAGUACUUCUUCACUGCUCCCUUGCCUGCCCAUCCAUCAGAGCUGCCAGUUCCCCAGCGCCCAGGUGGGCCCAUCCCCAAGGCACACCCAGGGCCCCCCCAUAUCCAUGACUUCCACGUGGACCGGCCUCUGGAGGAGUCGCUGUUAAACCCAGAGCUGAUUCGACCCUUCAUCCCGGAGGGGUGAGGCGCUGGCCGCAAUCCUGCCUGACUGCCCCCAGGCUAGUCUCAAGGAAGCAAAGGGUGCAGCCUGGCAGUCAGUUUGGAUGGCCAGCCCAGCGGAGGAGACCCACAGCCUGCAGAUUGAGCCUUCAGAAGCAGGGAGCUGUGCUGCCAGCCAGGGGCCAUCAUGAAGUGGUGUGUUGUCUCCUGCCCCUACUCAGGACACUGUCUCCUGCUCCAGGAUAGUUGCAAAACAUUUGGGGGAGUGGAGAGAGGAGAAUGUCUUCAUGUUGAAAACUGCCAUGGGGAAGCAAGUUUGGUUUGGUUUGCUGUCAGACAGUGAGCCUUCUGGUUCCCUAUUUGAGGUAGGUUGAUAUAAAAGUCUCAAG